ACCCUGGCCAGCAGCGCAGGCAUGCUAAGCACCGUGCAGUCGGCCGCCCAGGCCGUGCUGCAGAGCGGCUGGUCCGUGCUGCUGCCCACCGCCGGGAAGCCAGACCGGGCACUCUCUGCUCUCCUGCCCUGCGCAGUUUCAGGCAAUGAAGAGAACAUGAGUCCAGGUCAUCAAUUCAUGAUUGAUCUUCUGGUGGGCAACUUCAUGGCUGAUGGAGGGUUGGAGUCAGCCUUACACGCAGCCAUUACUGCAGAGAUCCAGGUAUGGCCUUGGAGGCACACGUGACCUGGUGGUGCGCUCAGAUCGGACAUACCACACUCACACAUGUGAAGAAUAACAGAAAACAGUAAAACACUAAACUUUUAUCAUAUCCAAGUAUUUUUUUAAAUUAAAAUUCUUUUAUGUGCUAAUUUUAAAAAUUAUUGAGAUGAUUUGUGAUAAAAUACUGCAUGUUGUCUGUUUCAGUGAAGUUAACAGGUAACCUAUUCAUCAUGUAGACCAUUCCCGUCACCCGGAAAGAUCCUUGUGCCCCUUGGCACUUGCAGCCAGGAUACUCCCCUGCCCUCAGAUUAGAUUCAUUUUGCCUGCUCUGAGUGUCACAGCAAUAUAACUGUAUAGUAUGCACUCUUUCCUGCUUUGCCUUGGAGAAUGAUUUUCAGAUUCACUCACUGUUGUGUGUAUUGUGACUUCGUUUUCAUUAUUGGGAAGUUUUCCAUUUUAUAGGUGUAGUACUGUUUGUUAGUUCAUUCUCCUAUUGAAGGACAUUUAAUUGUUUUUGGUUUUUGUUUGUUUUUUUGAGACAGGUUCUUUCUGUGUCACCCA